AUGGGUCGACAAGAUCAAGAGGAGCGAGCACAGGCUGAAGAACCAGAUCAUACCGGCAGUGGAGAACUUCCUAAACGCGAUCGUCAAGCAGCACAAGGAGAGCUUCAUCUCGGAGAAUCCUCCCAGGGACUUUGUGGACGUGAUGCUCUCACUGGGUGGCGAGAACAAAAUCUUCUCUUAGCUGGGACGAACACCUCCAAAGGCACUGUGGAGUGGGCGAUGUCCGAUAUGAUACACUGCCCCGGCGUCCAGAAGAAGGCGCACGAAGAGCUCGACCGGAUCGUUGGAAGGAACCGCUGCCUGGAAGAGACAGACCUCAAAAAUCUCCCUUACAUCCAAGCCAUCGUCAAGGAAGUCCUGCACUUGCAUCCACUGGCCACCACUGGCCUCCCACACAGCAAUCCCGGGACCUCCCAGCUCGCCGGCUACACAAUCACGGCCAACACCACGCUGCUCGUCAAUAUCUGGGGGAUCCAUCACGACCCGGCGAACUGGAGCGAUCCCAAGAGCUUCUGUCCAGAGCGAUUCCUGGGCAGCGAUCACAGCAUCCUGGGGAACCACUUCGAUCUCAUACCUUUUGGAUCCGGGCAGCGCCGCUCCCCACGUGUCGCUCACGCUGGCCUAUCUUCUGCAUCGAUUCGAGUGGAGGGUGCCGAAUGGGCAGGAGAUUGA